UUUCGGCAAGUGUGGUGAGUGCAGGGAAUCAAGGAAAGUCUCAUUUUAGAAGGUUUUUGUGUUGAAUUUAGACAGAAAACGUCUUCGCGGAGUUGUGGGGACCUCUUACAUUAUUCAUUCACAAUUAAGUGCAUAGAAAUGUAAAUACGACGAGAACGUGAAGGAAAGCCGCAGUGCCUUCGAUGGCUUCUUCGGGAAUGCAGGACGAGUGGCCAGCAGUUUAAGGUUCAAAAUUGGAGGCUGCAGGGGCGCUCUGGAAUGGGAGAGCAAAGAGAAAAAGACAAUUGUGCAGACAGGCAGUCGCCUCGGCGGCAAUAAAUUCGAGCUGUAGAUGUUGAUCGCGCGCGCCACCGCGGCAGUGCGCAGCUGCAGGGGUGCGGCGGGGGUGCCGAGGGUGGCUGGCAGGCCGAGCUGCCGCCACUCGGUGUAGUGAGUUUGACCUCGCGAGCGCCAACACUCCAUUUGCAGCAGCCGCGGCACGCGUUACUUUCCUGCAAAUCUCCCAAUGAAGGCGGUGCGGUAGACCUCAGGGUUCAGGGAGGGCAAGAUGGCGGCGGCGCGCGCCACCCUGGUGUACCUGCUCGCGGUGCUGUCCUACUCGUGCAUCAGGUGCUUCGUGCUGGAAGGCUCGCAGUCGUCGUACGCGCAAUUCCACAAAUGGAACGCCGGACUCAACGGCUCGCUCGAGUUUGAGUUCAAGACCGAAAACCCCAACGGCCUGCUGUUGUACACCGACGACGGCGGCACCUACGACUUCUUCGAGAUCAAGCUGGUGGAAGGCGCCCUCCGCCUCAGGUACAACCUGGGCGGCGGCGCCCAGAUGCUCACCGUCGGCAGGGACCUCCACGACGGCCACUGGCACAAGGUGCACGUGCGCAGGAGGCACGAACGGACCUCCCUGACCGUCGACCAGGUCACGCAGAGCAAGACCUCCAGGGGCAAGGAGUUCCACUUCGGCAACCUGGCCACCAAUUCGGACGUUUUCAUUGGCGGCAUGCCCAGCUGGUACAAUACCAGGUUGACCUUGCUGGCGCUGCCCAGUGUCAUUUUCGAGCCCAGGUUCGGCGGCAGCAUCCGCAACCUGGUGUACGCCAGUGAGGACGGCGUCCCACGCCGACAGGAGAUGAAAAUGAAGGAUUUUAAGUGCGCCUCCCCGAGUUGCAGCAGCAUUUCGGUGGUCAAGAGGGGCAAGAGCACCAGGGGAGUUCGUGGCAACUCGAGCGACGCCUGCGAAGACCACGACCCUUGUCAGCACGGUGGCAUCUGCAUCAGCACGGACAGCGGUCCGAUCUGCGAGUGCCGCAACCUGGACUACGAGGGCGCCUUCUGCGAGAAAGACAAGGCCCCGGCGGAGGCGACGUUCCGAGGCAAGGAGUUUUUGUCCUACGACCUUUCAAAGACGGGGGCUGAGCCAAUCGUCAGCACACAGGACUCUAUUUCGCUGAGCUUCAAGACGCGCCAACCCAACGGACUUUUAUUCUACACAGGUGAUGGUACUGAUUACCUUAAUCUGGCCCUUCGAGACGGAGGCGUCGUCCUCACCAUGAGCUUGGGCAACGGAAAGCUCGAGUUCCAGAUCAAGCCGCACAGAGUGCGUUUCGACGACAACCAGUGGCACAAGGUCACGGUCCAUCGGAAAGUUCAGGAGAUCGCCGAAGUCACCAGCUUUUGCCGACUCUCGGCCGUGGUGGACGGAGUGUAUGCGGAACAUGCCAACACGGCCGGAACGUUCGGCGUGCUUUCGUCGAGCAAAGUCUACGUGGGCGGAAGCGAAAACACCCACGCGCUGCCCGGGUCCAAAAUUCACAACAAUUUCAUCGGGUGCCUCAGAAAGGUGGAGUUUUCGGCCGACACUCUGCGCCUAAAUAUGAUUGAUCUGGGUCGGACCGGCAGCAAAUUGCUCACGAUGGCGGGCUCGUUGGACUUCAUGUGUCAGGAGGUGGAGGCGGCCGACCCCGUUACCUUCACCACAAAGGACUCCCACCUGGUUCUGCCCUCGUGGGACGCGCCUCGCACCGGAUCCAUAUCAUUCAAGAUCCGCACCAACGAGCCAAAUGGACUACUCAUGUACAGCGCGGGCACCACUUCAGCACACGCUGACUUCUUCGCCUUCGAGAUGCUAUCGGGCCACGUCUAUCUGCACCUGGACCUGGGUUCAGGCACCACCAGAGUGCAGGCGUCGCCGCGUCGCAUCGACGACGGCGGCUGGCACGAAAUCACCCUCAGGAGGAAUGGCCGCGAGGGCAGAGUCACCGUAGACGGAUCGGCAGCAGACUUCAAAACUCCAGGCGAGUCGAACCAACUGGACCUUGAAGGAGCACUCUACGUCGGCGGUCUGGGACCACUAAAUAGAGUGGUUUCGGUUCCUCCCUCGAUUUGGUCAGCCGCUUUGAAGCACGGAUACGUCGGUUGUCUGCGCGAUUUGGUGAUCAAUGGAAAUGCGGUCGAUGUCGCCGGUUACGCCAGGAGACAAGACUCAGGUGCAAUCCGCCCUUCAUGUCGUUCCCAGCCUAAACAGUGCGAAUCAGAGCCUUGCAUGAACAACGGAGCCUGCACUGAAGGUUGGAAUCGGUUCAUCUGCGAUUGCUCGGGCACCAGUUUCACUGGUCCACGAUGUGCCAAAGAUGCGGCCACCCUGAGUUUCAACGGCACCCAGUAUCUCCUGGCCUCGUACCCUGACGAGACGCGAACGCAGUCAGAAGAAAUCAGCCUUCGAUUUCGCACCUCCAGACCCGUGGGCCUCUUGCUUGUGACCGCGGGGUCGUCGCACCCCUCUGAGAGGCUGGAAUUGUCGCUGGCGAGUGGAAAAGUUCGGAUGACGCUGAGAAUCGGCGAACGAGAGAAGACCAUCCAAGCCGGUCAAGGCCUGAACGACAAUCAAUGGCACACAGUGAGGUACUCAAGAAAGGGCACACAUUUGGAGCUGCGAGUUGACAACGACACUCCAGCGAGCGGGGAAACUCCCAGCCGGCAAAUUACCCUCGAGUUUCGGCGCCUCCACAUAGGCGGCGUCGCUACUGGACAGGGCGAUGAGAUCAUCUCAAGCAGUUUUGUCGGUCAAAUGCAGCAACUCUAUUUCAACAAUCAGCAAUUCUUCGAACAAGCCAGAACGGGACACCAUCACGGAGGCCCCGCUAAUAUCAAGGUGACUGCCAAAUUUGGAAAGAGGGAGCAGAUCGUGCACCAUCCUGUGACCUUUAAGUCGAAACAUGCCUUCGUUGGGCUGCCAAUGCUGAAAGCCUAUUCCUCGACCAACAUCUAUUUCCAGUUCAAAACUCAGGAGCCAAACGGUCUGCUUCUUUUCAACGCCGGCAAGGAGCAGGACUUCGUUGCGAUCGAACUCGUCCACGGCCACGUCCACUACAUUUUCAAUCUGGGCGACGGCCCCGUCAGGGUCAGGGACAGCGGAAGGGCGGCCCUCAACGACAACAAGUGGCACGCGGUGACCAUUGGAAGGCCCACCUCCAGGCAGCACACGCUGCUGGUCGAUGACAAUUUUUCUAUUGUCACCGGACUCGGAUUGAAUGAAAACCUCGAUUUGGCCGGAAUUCUUUAUAUUGGUGGUGUCAGAAAGGACAUGUACUCGCAGCUGCCCAAGCAAAUACAGAGUAGGCAUGGUUACGAGGGUUGUUUGGCCAGUCUCGACCUCAACGGCGAGUCACCAAAUCUGGUCGUCGACGCGGAAAUUCCAAGCACAAUGGUCCUUUCUGGAUGUGAAACCACGUCUACAAAGUGCAGCCACAACGUGUGUGCCAACAGAGGAAUGUGCAUGCAACAGUGGAACUCUCAGACCUGUGACUGUGACAUGACCUCAUUCACGGGACCCACUUGCUCAGAGGAAUCGAUCGCCUUUGAGUUCGGGCCGGGGUCUGGCAUGAUAACCUUCACUUUCCCGGAGGAUCACAGACCCGACAUGCGAAGUGACGUUUUGGCGCUGGGUUUUAUAACAACCAAGGAGGAUGCUGUUUUAUUUAGGGUUGAUUCUGGCUCUUCUAAUGAUUACAUGGAGUUGGAAAUUGUUGAAGGAAAUGUAUUCAUGGUAUACAACAUGGGCACAAACGACCACCCUAUUGGCGAAGUUGGAGUCAAAGUGAAUGAUAAUCAGUAUCACGUUGUCAGAUUCACGAGAUCUGGCGCCAACUCAACCUUGCAAAUUGAUGACUACAGCGUCCAAACACUCAAUCCCGGAGGCAACCAGCUAGGCGUUUUCAACAGCCCUUCGCAAAUUCAAAUUGGCGGAAAGUGGCACCGUUCGAAACACAGAAUGGAGAGGCCCUUCGUGGGCGUGAUGGCCGGACUCGUCUUCAAUGAAAUUCGAAUUUUGGACUUGGCCGCUGACAAGGACCCCAGGAUCAACAUCAGGGGCGAAGUUCAGCCCAUUCCCUCCCUGCCGGCCCACAUAAAGGAAAAGCCAACCAUCCCUAACGUGGAAAUGCUCCACGGAAUGCAAAGGGCGCCUGCGUCCAGCUUCCCAGGAGUGAUGGACGACCUCAUCUUUUCUGGCGCUGGCUCAGGGUGCAACGCCGACGACGAGGACGAGUGCACACCAAUAUUUGAUACAGGUUCAGGCGAUGAUUUGAUUACACCUGUGUACGUCCCGCCAACCAGACCUCCUCCGACCAAAAUAUACGGCAAGAAAAUCAAGGGCGGUGACAAACCGUGCGAUGACGAGGAUUGUUUCCCAGGCUCUGGCUUUGGUCCUGCUACUGAAGAUACCAUCAUUUCCUCUAGCAGAGGACCAACAACAGGAAUUUCCUUGCCAGAAUCAUCUCCUCCCCACAUCAGCCACACUUACGGCAGCAGCGGAGGUUCUUCUGGCAGCACAGGGGUGCACCAAGUCACGUCGAUCAUCACUUCAGAAAUUCCAUUCAGCCCUGACCUUGACCAAACAAGCUCCAGCAGCGGCGGAAGCAGCUCGAGCUUCCCCUCGUCCUCGGUGGGCACCAGCAGUACAAGCAGCAGCAGCUCUCCCUCGUCCACCUCCUCAUCCUCAUCUUCGAGCACCAGCACAAGCACCACUAGCACAACAGAGGCGCCGCCUCCUCCACCUCCGCCGCCUCCACACCCCCAUCCAACUCCCGCAAGACCUCGGUUGAAUGCCAAGGAGAGGGAGCGAAUUUCCUCCGAAGCUGCUGAAUAUACAGCACUUGUUAUAGGGGUGAUAGCAGCAACAAUGAUCAUCAUCAUUCUGGUCAUAUUGAUCAUACUCAAGUUCAAGGGGCGGUCGGACGCCUCGUACAAAGUGGACGAGAGCAAAAACUACCACCAAGGCUACGGCGCACAGGCGGCUCUGCUCAACGGCAGCCAGCCCAACGGAAUGCACAGCGAGAAGGGUGCCUACGGGGUGGGCAUGCCGCCUCUCAAUCCGGCCGUGGGACCAGUCAAAGUCGUCAAGAAACAAAACAACAAAGACGUGAAAGAGUGGUACGUAUAAGAAAGAGACACGCGUGACAAAGGACUAGCUCUCGCGCCAGCCUGAUUAAAAAGAAGCAAGAAUAAAUUUCUAGUCGAAAGAAUAUGCGAAAAGAAAGCCCUCCAGACAAGAGAGAUGAUUAUUCGCGGUUCACCGAGUGUGUGCGUGUAUUUUUAGCCGAAGGAUGACAGUGACGAGUGCGCUGAUUGAAAGAAGAAGAAAAACUGUUGAAUAAAAAAAAAUAUAGAUAUGAAAGAUUAUAUUGCGACGUGAUGAUGCUUAGAUAAAUUAUUUUGUGAGGAUGAUAGUGCCAAUGUGUAUAAAAAUUGUCGAUUUUGGAAUUGUACAUGUAAAAAAUUGCAAAGAAAAUAUAUUAUUUUGCUUGCCGAGUUUGGCGCUAAUCAUCCUCUCCUGUGCGAGUAUAUGGAGUUUUAUCUCAAGGUGCUGUAGAAAAACCGGUGAAAAUGGUCAUACGCUAACUGUGAGAGAAUCAUUAACUUAAAUUAUAUAAUGAACAUGAUUGAUAUUUAAGAAUAAUUGUUGUGGAAUUUUUUGUUUGAACGGAGAAUGUAAAAAAUAAUAUGUAUAAAUUACAUAUUGAAUAUUAAAAUAUGCGUUGUUGAAAGCACAAAAUAUGAUAGCAGAAUUAAAUUUUUUAAACGGAAAAGUGUGAUGCUGCUAAUGGAAAAGCGCGAAAAUCUAACAUGAAUAUCAACGAACCUUCGACAUACAUUUAAAAUCGCCAACAGGGUUCUCCAUUUCGUAAAAAAACGAGUAGAGCGAAACGAAGAAAUUAAUAUCAACCAGCAAUUGAAUAGCAAUAUAAUAAGAAAACGAUCAAAGAAAAAAAACAAUGCGCCCCCCAUGAAAAUAAAAUGUGCGAGGCUAUGAGCCUCAUUUACAGGAUUGUGCGGAACAUUAAUAUUUUAUCCUGCACUACUCACUUAAGAAUGAAAUAAUUUUUGUUUUGACUGGAAAAGCUAGUGGCGGGAUAAAUAUAUACGAUUCAGCAAAUUGGAAACUGAAACAUCAUAUUGAUGUUUUUGUCGAUUCUAAAAUUCGUCUCUUGCAUAACUCUAUACAGCAAGUGCUUUACAGGUGUGCCAAAGCAGCUUUCAAAGUUGGCAAUUUUGAGCAAAUCUGGUGUUUUAGAACUCUUAAAAAAUUUUAAAAUGCCGAUGUUUAGGACAUUUUUGCUGGAUUGUUUCAAAAGUUUGCUCUUUUUGUGACAGCAAAAGAUGGGGCUACAGGAAGAAGCUGUUUGAAGGAGCACAAAUUUGUGACGUAUUUUUUGCAGGGUUGGUUCAGAUCUUAAUAUAUUAAAUAAAGAGUGGGCCUUUGUGUGGAAGAACCGGAAGAAAUUAUCAGAAAUAAAGCCACUCUCCCGCGUCUUGUAAUUGAAGAAUUUCCACUUAGAAUCCAUGAUCUCAUCAUUGUUGUUAUCGAAGAAAGUUUAAAAUUCGUGAUUAUGAAAAAUAGUGCUUAUAAAACUACUCAAAAUUUUCCACCUUGUCAACUCGUUAUGUUAUCCAAAAUCAAUGUCAAUCAGCAUUAUUAUAUCCAACCACGAAUACAUUACACUAAAAAUACUUAUAAAAAAAGAAAACAAAAAAUGGAGGAAUGUUGUUUCACUGUUAAAAUUUAUGCAACUAAAUGUGGACACUGAAGUCGCAACUUUUCAGCAUUAAAAAGUAAAUUAUCAUGGCGUGCAAGAUGUACCAGUAAAAUAUUUCCGAUAUCAGUUGUGAAAAAUUGUUUUCCAUUUUAAAUGUGUAGUUGGUGAAGACGAUCUGCAUUCAGAUUUAUAGCUGGUUGAUUUGCUGCGCAUUUACUGAUUCAUUCUAAUGCACUCAUCCUGAUACCUUUCAAAUUAUCAUUUCAAUCUGCACCGUUUUCAUCACUGAGAAUUCUCAUUUUGCGAAAUGUAUAUCAUUUACCAUAUAUUGACGGCUGAGGGGCGAAGGAAAUUGCAUUUUCAAAUUGCUAUACAUAUGAAAAGACUGAAUAAGUAUGAAAGACGUUAACUCGUAGCUCCGUUUCAGUUGUUCGACCGAUACUUAUGAUUUAAGUUGGUUUAAAUGGCUACCCUUGACCCCUUGCACUGAUUAUCGAACCUAUUAUUUCAUUUGAAAACCUACGCAUAAGUACGUGUGCAUAAUUAUUAAAGUCACAACAAGAACGCAUACUCGAUGAUUGUGGUAGGCGAUUUUUUGCGUUAGUUUUUGUACAUGAUAAUUUGUGAACAAGAAAAUGUGUAUGCAAUAAAAACAAGAUUUCAUUUCAUGAAUGACAAGUAUGA